GCGAGCCGCGAAGGGACGGCGGCUGCCCGCGCCGCUCUCCCGCGUCCCCGCGCCAUGCCCCCGCGGCCCCCGGUCCCCACACAGACGCGGCCGUGGCGAGGCGGGCACGGGAGGCGGCCGGCGGAGGAGGGGGCGGCCGAGGGCCAGGGCGGGAGAAGUUGAGGCGCGGGUGGACCCGCCCGCCAAACUUUCCCGGGUCGGGCGGGUGCGACGCUCCCUCCCUCCGGCCCCGCAUCGGCUUCAUCGUCGCUUCCCUGCUGCCCGCGGACGGACUUCACCUGGCGGCGGCUGCCCUCCCCGGCACAUGGGGUUGAACUGCGUCGGGAGCCGAGCCGAAACGUGACCCCCCCCAGCCGCGGCGCGCGGGAGUUCAAGCGACCCGGCGGCCCCCGCUCCCCGCGGCAGCUCGGCAUCCGGAGGGGAAACCGGAGUCGUGCUGAUUUUUUGCGAUGCUCUGAAAAGCACCCCUCCGGGGCGCGCGCGACACCCGAAAAUGCGGGACCCGCGCUGAGGCCGGGCGGGGACGACGCGCCGCUGCGGACAUGUGCGUGGACACCGGCGCGGAUGCGGUGCCCGGCUCCCGCGCCAAACGUCCGGCCCCCGGGCGCGGGCCCGCCGGGAGGUGCGCAGGAGCGGCUGGCCCGGGGCUCGCGGAGGCGAUCAUGGCCGGAGGGAAGGUGGCUGGAGACAGCGCGGCCCCGAGGGAGGAUGGCUGGGGCGAGCGAGCGGCGAGAAAGUUCAACUUCGGCGGCUUCCCCUGCCGGGGACGGUGGGCGUUUCUGGUGCUGCAGCUCCACAUGUUGCAAGCGCUGGCACAAGAUGAUGUGGCACCCUAUUUCAAGACUGAGCCAGGCAUGCCCCAGAUCCAUCUUGAGGGGAACCGUCUUGUCCUCACAUGCCUUGCUGAAGGCAGCUGGCCAUUGGAAUUUAAAUGGUUGCACAAUGACAGUGAAAUCACCGCCUACUCCAAUGAAUACAAGUACCUUAUCCCAGCCUUGCAGAGGUCUGAUGCUGGGUUUUAUCAAUGUGUUGUGCGAAACAGGAUGGGAGCACUCUUGCAAAGAAAAUCUGAAGUCCAAGUGGCAUAUAUGGGAAAUUUCAUGGACACAGACCAGAAAAAAACAGUGGCGGAAGGACAAGCUGCAGUUCUAGACUUCAUGCACAUCCUCAGCUAUCCCAGACCACAAGUGACCUGGUUUAGAGAUGGGCACAAGAUUAUUCCAAGCAGCGGAAUAGCCAUAACACUGGAGAAUCAGCUGGUGAUCCUCACAACCUCAGUGACCGACUCAGGUGGCUACUGUGUCCAGGCCGUCAAUGAAAAGAAUGGAGAAAACAAGACAAGUCCCUUUGUUUAUCUGAGCGUAACACAUGCCAACGACUUGUCGGACACGACGGCUCCCGUCAUUGUAAUCCCGCCACGGAAUACCAGCGUGGUAGCAGGGAGCAGCGAAGUCAUGCUGGAGUGUGUGGCCAACGCAAGACCUGUUGAGAAACUAAGCAUUUCCUGGCAGAGAAAUGGAAUAAUAAUAACCAGCGGAAUUAGUAGUUUUGGGAGACGUCUCACUAUUACAAAUCCGACCUCUGCUGACAUUGGGAUGUACUUCUGCGUGGCGGAGCUGAGAGACAGCCUUGUUGAACCAGCGAGAGCAAAAGCCUUCCUAUCUAUUUUGGAGCCGCCCUAUUUUACUGCUGAGCCCGAGAGUCGGAUUUUGGCUGAGGUGGAGAAAACAGUGGACAUCCUGUGCCAGGCAAUGGGGGUUCCUAGUCCCACUCUGGUCUGGUAUAAGGACUCUAUUCCUAUCAACAAGUUGCAAAAUCCUCGUUACAAAGUACUCCACAAUGGCGGUCUGCAGAUCCAGGGAGCGCGUACCGAUGACGCUGGGAUCUUUCAGUGUUUUGCUAGCAAUGAAGCUGGGGAAAUACAGACACACACCUACCUAGAUGUAACCAAUAUUAAACCAACAUUUAUCCGGCCACCAAUAGAUACCACUGUUACAGAAGGGAUGACUGCAGUAUUAACCUGUGAGGUUUCAGGGGCUCCAAAACCUGCCAUCUCGUGGAAAAGAGGGAACCAGAUCUUAGCCAGUGGCUCGGUGCAGAUUCCCAGGUUCAUUCUCCUCGAAUCUGGUGGGCUGCAGAUUACUCCUGUCUUCCUUCAGGAUGCUGGCAACUAUACUUGCUAUGCAGUCAACUCGGAGGGAGCGCUGAGUGCUUUUGCAACGCUGACUGUCUGGAAUCGCACCUUUAUUGUUCACCCUCCCGAAGACAGCACCGUUAUCAAGGGAACCACAGCCACUCUGCAGUGUGAAGCAACUCAUGACCCUAGAAUUUCAAUCAGGCACAUGUGGAAGAAGGAUAGUGUGGCAAUAAAUCCAUCUAGCAGUUCCCGAAUUACAGUAGAGGAAGACGGAAGCCUCCUCAUUAGCCAGACGUGGUCAGGAGACAUCGGCGACUACACAUGCGAGGUCAUUUCAUUUGGAGGAAACGAUUCCAGAAGGGCUCGUCUAGAAGUGAUCGAGCUCCCUCAUCCUCCUCAGAACCUUGUGGCCACGCUGAAUGCCUCGUACAGCCGCAGCGUGAUGCUUUCCUGGGUGCGUCCCUUUGAUGGAAACAGCCCUGUUCUCUACUACAUGGUGGAGCUGUCUGAGAACAACUCCCCCUGGAAGGUGCACCUCUCGAACGUGGAUCCAAAGAUGACCGAUGUGACUGUGAGUGGGUUAACUCCAGCCCGAACCUACCAGUUUAGGGUGUGUGCUGUUAACCAGGUGGGAAAAGGCCAGUACAGCACUGAGACCAGCAGGUUGAUGCUCCCAGAAGAACCCCCGAGCGCCCCUCCUAAAAACAUAGUGGCCAGCGGCCGCACCAAUCAAUCUAUCAUGGUUCAGUGGCAGCCUCCUCCUGAAAGCGAACACAAUGGGGUUCUCCAUGGGUACAUCCUAAGGUAUCGCCUGGCAGGCCUCCCCGGGGAGUACCAGUAUAAGAACAUCACCAGUGCAGAGAUUAACUACUGUUUGGUGAAAGACCUGAUCAUCUGGACUCAGUAUGAAAUCCAGGUGGCAUCUUAUAAUGGAGCCGGGUUGGGAGCAUUCAGCCGAGCGGUGACGGAGUACACUUUACAAGGAGUGCCGACGGCUCCACCGCAGAACGUGCAGUCUGAAGCUGUGGAUUCCACCACCAUCCAGUUUCAGUGGACCCCUCCACCGCAGCAGUUCAUCAAUGGUAUCAAUCAGGGAUACAAGCUCCUAGCAUGGCCGGUAGAUGCACCAGAGACUGUGACUGUGGUCACCAUCGCUCCGGACUUUCAUGGAGUUCACAGUGGCUGCAUUACCAAUUUGAAGAAAUUCACAGCUUAUUAUACAUCAGUCCUGUGUUUCACCACCCCGGGGGAUGGACCACAGAGCACACCGCAGCUGCUGCAUACUCUCGAAGACAAGCCAGGAGCUGUGGGACACCUGAGCUUCACUGAGAUUCUGGACACGUCUCUCAAGGUCAGCUGGCAAGAACCUGUAGAGAAAAAUGGCAUCAUUACAGGCUACCAGGUCUCCUGGGAGGUGUACGGCAGGAAUGAAUCGCGUCUUGCUCGCACACUAGUCAACACAACCCUCGAGUACAAAAUUACUGGUCUGUCAUCUCUAACCACCUACACGAUUGAGGUGGCAGCUGUGACUGGCAAAGGGACUGGUCUGGUCACCUCCUCUACCAUCUCCUCUGGAGUGCCCCCAGAACUUCCUGGAGCCCCAUCCAAUCUAGUGAUUUCCAACAUCAGUCCUCGUUCGGCCACGCUUCAGUUCCGGCCCGGCUACGAUGGCAAAACCUCGACCUCUAAAUGGAUAGUGGAAGGGCAGGUUGGUGUUCUUGGAGACGAGGAGGAGUGGGUGAGUUUGUACGAGGUGGAGAAUGAGCCUGAUGCCCAGAUGCUAGAGAUACCAAAUCUCACUCCUUACACUUAUUACAGAUUCCGGAUGAGACAGGUGAAUGUUGUUGGCCAAAGCCCAUUCAGCCAACCAUCCCGUGUCAUCCAGACACUGCAGGCACCGCCAGAUGUUGCACCAGGGAGUGUUACUGUGCGCACUGCCAGUGAAACUAGCCUGUGGAUCCGUUGGGUGCCUCUCCCCGAUACUCAAUAUAAUGGGAACCCAGAGUCAGUGGGCUACAGGAUAAAAUUCUGGCGCAUUGAUCUGCAGUCUUCUGUGCUGAUGAAAGUAAUCAGUGACCGGCUAGAGAGGGAAUACACUAUUGAGGAUCUGGAGGAGUGGACAGAAUAUGAGCUGCAAAUCCAGGCCUUCAAUGCCAUUGGAGCAGGACCAUGGAGUCAAGUGGUGAGAGGUCGCACGCGGGAGUCUGUUCCUUCUGCUCCACCCGAGAACGUGUCUGCCGAAGCGGUGAGCUCCACUCAGAUCCUGUUGACAUGGGCGGCAGUUCCUGAGCCAGAGCAGAAUGGUCUCAUCUUAGGCUACAAGAUUCUCUAUCGGGCAAAAGACCUGGACUCUGAACUAAAGAGCCAAGUCGUGAGAGGUAACCACACCCAAUCUCAUCUGCUGGCCGGCUUGCGAAAAUACGUGCUUUAUGAGAUUCAGGUACUGGCGUUCACUCGGAUUGGAGAUGGGGUGCCCAGUUCUCCUCCAGUCAUAGAGAGGACCAAGGAUGACGCUCCUGGGCCGCCCGUGAGGCUGGUGUUCCCCGAGGUGAGAUUGACAUCCGUACGGAUUGUGUGGCAGCCCCCAGAGGAGCCCAAUGGAAUUAUUCUGGGAUAUCAAAUCGCUUAUCGCCUGGCAAACAGCAGCCCCAACAAGUUCACCACAGUGGAAGUUGGCUCAACAGUCCGGCAGUUCACUGUUACGGAUCUCAACCCAGAAUCAGCAUAUAUCUUCCGGACUUCUGCCAAGACCAGACAGGGCUGGGGGGAGCCUCUGGAAGCCACAGUGAUCACUACGGAAAAGAGAGAGCGACCGGCACCUCCCAGGCAACUGAUAACCCCGCAGACUGAGGUUUCGUCACAGAGUCUCAAGCUGCAGUGGGUUCCUGGUAGCGAUGGAUCCUCCCCGGUACGGUACUUCACUGUGCAAGUGCGGGAGCUACCAAAUGGAGAAUGGCAAACCUACUCCUCUUCCAUCAGUCAUGAGGCAACCUCCUGCAUCAUUGAGAGGCUGAACCCAUUUACUUCUUAUAAGCUGCGAGUGAAAGCAACCAACGACAUUGGAGACAGUGACUUCAGCACCGAGACCGAAGCAGUCACUACUCUACAGGAUGUUCCAGGUGAACCACCAAGCUCUGUCUCGGUAACUCCCCACACCACUUCCUCUGUGCUUGUUCAGUGGCAGCCACCAAAGGUCGAGAGUCUGAAUGGCUUGCUGUUGGGAUACCGGAUUUAUUACCGGGAGCUGGAUUAUGACCCUGGCUCUGGAACAGAGUCCAAGACCAUUAAAAACCCUUCAGCUUUACGAGCAGAGCUUACACCCCAAAGCAGCUUCAAGAUAGUGAACAGCAGCUCUGCAUUAACGACGUAUGAAUUAACACAUUUGAAGAAGUACAAGAGAUAUGAAGUUUUAAUGACAGCCUAUAAUAUCAUCGGGGAGAGCCCUACCAGCACACCUGUGGAAGUGUUUGUCGGCGAAGCUGCACCAGCAAUGGCCCCACAGAACAUCCAAGUGAACGCCCUUUCUGCGAGCCAGCUAGAGAUCGCCUGGGACCCACCUCCUGCCGACAGCCAAAAUGGGAACAUACAAGGCUACAAGAUUUAUUACUGGGAGAUGGAUUGUCAGAAUGACACCGAAAAAGUGAAGGUCCUCUUCCUUCCAGAAACAACAGUCCGGCUGAAAAACCUGACCAGCCAUACCAAAUACCUGGUCUGCGUCUCUGCCUUCAACGCAGCAGGGGAUGGACCCAGAAGCAGUCCCAAACAGGGCAGGACGCUCCAGGCAGCCCCCGGCGCACCCAGCUUCUUGGCGUUCUCGGAAAUCACUUGCACCACGCUCAACGUGUCUUGGGGAGAGCCGGCAGCAGCAAAUGGAAUCCUGCAGGGCUACCGAGUGGUGUACGAGCCCUUGGCACCCGUCCAUGGGGUGAGCAAGGUGGUGACUGUGGACAUCAAAGGAAAUUGGCAGCGCUGGUUAAAGGUCCGAGAUCUCGUCAAGGGAGUGACCUAUUUGUUUCGAGUGCAAGCCAGGACCAUCACCUAUGGACCCGAGUUGCAAGCCAACAUCACAGCUGGGCCAGCAAAAGGGUCUCCUGGUUCCCCUCAGGAAAUUCAGGUUACAAAAUCUGCUUCAGGACUGACUGUGCAGUGGACCGAGGGAGAUUCAGGCGACAAACCUACAACUGGCUACAUCAUAGAGGCACGGCCAUCAGAUGAAGGACUGUGGGAUACGUUUGUGAAGGACAUCCCCCACAGUGCUACCUCCUACACAGUCAGUCUGGACAAGCUGAAACAGGGGGUGAGCUACGAAUUCCGGGUGGUAGCUGUAAAUGAGUUUGGAUAUGGAGAACCGAGCACUCCCUCUACAGCAAUAUCAGCACAAACAGAAACCCCUUUCUAUGAGGAGUGGUGGUUCCUGCUGGUGAUGGCGCUUUCCAGUCUGAUCCUCAUCUUGCUGGUGGCAUUUGCCUUGGUCCUGCAUGGGCAGAACAAGAAAUAUAAGAAUUGCAGCACGGGUAAAAGCAUCUCUAAUGUAGAGGAGACUGUUACACUGGAUAACGGAGGCUUCACGGCACUGGAGCUCAACAGCAGACACCUAAAUGUCAAGAGCACGUUCUCCAAGAAGAAUGGGACAAGGUCCCCUCCUCGCCCAAGCCCUGGUGGGCUGCACUACUCCGAUGAGGACAUCUGCAACAAGUACAAUGGGGCGGUGCUGAGUGAGAGCGUGGGACUGAACGAGAAGCCCAUGGAGGUGUCGGAGUCAGAGACAAGGAAGCUAACGGUUGUGUCUCUCGUGCCGCAGGCCACUGACUCCGAUUAUGAAGAUGAGUUGCCAAAGCACUCCUUUGUGAACCACUACAUGAGCGACCCUACCUACUACAAUUCCUGGAAGCGGCAGCAAAAGGGUGUGAAACACCCGGCGUCCUACAGGUAUGAGGAGUGUGCGGCGAGUGAGACAGAGCCCUAUUUCCAGACUGUCAUCACAACACAGAGCUCAGGAGGGGUGUACACCCCCACAGGACAGCCCGCUCCUGGCUCACGGACUCCAGUGACAGGGUUCUCCUCCUUUGUGUGACACCGCGAGGGAGGAAGCAGCACAGCCGAAACUCCUGCGGGGAUCGGGACGACCCAUCACAGUGACUGUGUGUGUGACCGGUGCCGUGGCCUGUGGGUAAAUUUCUCUAUCAGGGUAGAGCGGAUGUGAACGUGAAUGAGUCUAUUUUUUCUGAAGACAAUCAACUCUUACGACGCGGAGCUGAACUAGCCGAACUUUUGUUUUAAAAAAAAAAAAAUCCGAAAAGUGACAGUUUUAAUCACAUGUGAAUAGUAGGGGGUUUUUUAACUGCUUUUUGUAACUCUGCUUUACGAAGCAGCUCCCAUGUUCUUCUCUUUUCUUUCCUCCUCCCACCCUAUUCCCUUCCAAACAAGAAGGUGAAUUCCAUGGAUGCCGUGAGUGACUUUGUGAUGUGAGCGGACGAGAAAACACCCCCGAACCUCCCCAGUUUCUCUCCCAUCAGGGUUGAGUAGGAAUGUGAAAAAGGGAACAUUUUUUUCGCAUAAAAAAGAUGGGAAAAUUCUCCGCCCCAUUGCUCGUUGCCAUUCCACCUCCACUUCAGGAGUACCCGUUGAUUAGCUUAGUCUCAGUGGUGUCGCUACUCCUGCCCGUAGGCUCACGACUGGUGUUUUCGAUAAUGAAUAUAUCUUACUGCUUUCUUAUCCUGGUCAGAUUGGGCUCGUUGCAUUCCUCGGAUAGUCUCGCUCCAGAGCUGCUGUCAGUGGAGACGGUUUGAAAAAGCUGGAGAUGGCGUUGGCUGAAGCAGCUGGGAAGUUACUCGGACGCGGGGUCAGUUUGUUGUUGAUAUUGUAAAUUGUUAAAAAUCAGGAAAAGCAACAAGAGGGGAAAGCAUUCGAACGUAGGAUCCAGUGGUUGCAGUUAAUGAGCUGGAAUCUAGGAUCUGAUGGUUGCAAUUAAUGAGCUGGAGAACCUGCUAAUGGAUUAAUUGGAUUGUGAUUAUCACAGCAGUCCUACCCUAUCAAUAAAGCUCAGCCCCCCCGCCCCCAGCCCGGCUGCUCAGACAGGAUUCUGCGGUGCUGCACGCUGAUCCGUGCCCUUAGCUGGGUUUCUUUGAAUUUUAUCUGCUCUCUUUUUUUAAAACAAACAAAACCCUUUUUAAUGCAAAGGCCGAUCACACUGAGGGGGUGAGUUUUGGUGUCCACAGGUGCCUUCUACUGAUUGCUCAGCUUUGUACAUGAGAGAAGCAGCCAGACAUCUCCUGAAUAAAGUGAAGCAGGUUUUCAGACGCUAGGGUUGUGAACUCCCUUGUGCACACGCGGAGGCCCACUGUGCGUGCCGCGGCGGUUCUUAGAAAGCAGCGGGGUUUUCUUUGGGUUUUUUCCAGUCUAUUUGGUGCUGCCCCUUUUUUUUUGACCCACGGAGCUGCAGCCAGCUCCUUCUCCCCACCCCCAAGGCCUCUUGCGGGUUUUGUUGGCAAGUUGUUUUGCUUAAGUGGAGCUGUCAGUGAUUUAAAGAAUCCCAGUCCAGCCUUUGAACUCGGCAACGCUCCCAUCUUUUAGUCGUUCCUGCUCAGGGGGGUUGGAAAGGUUACGCUGGAGCAGCUGUUUGCAGCACGACCGCUCUACGGCGGUUCCCCUUGCAGAGGCCUGAGGAACACCCAUGAAACUUGGCACCUCUCGCACCCCUCCAGGCAGGUAGGGCACAGCCUUAUCUUUGUUAUCAGCACUGUCUGGCCCUCUCCUUGUAGCAAAGGCGUGCAACAGCUGUAGCAUUGGUAUCGCUGCUUCCUGCCAAUGGCCCUCCGGGCAGGUGUGAAAGGAAAGUAGGGAUUGUUACAGCCGGUGCUUGCCAGUGCCCUUCAGGGCGGGUUCGAAGCAGACUUGGCAUGAGCGCGGCUGACUAGGUGCGGUGCAUCCACAACCCUUCAGUGCCUCCUCCGGGCAGGCAGCCUGAGCACAGCUUGUACCCUCCGGGCUCGGCCGCUUUCCGUGCACACGCUGUGCGGCCUCGGUGCUGGAUUCACGUUCCUGUCCAAACGCCCCAGGGAAGAGAGAGAUUGCAAACCAAAAACUCCACCGAAGGCUUUUGAAACCGAGACCAUUCUCCGCGAUUCCUUGGAUGGGAAGCGUCUUGAAGAGGCAGGGGCUAAGGUGUGCCCCUGGGGAGAAAGGAGCCUUCCCCCAACUGCACGGGUCGCUCCAAGGAGCAGGGCUUGAACUUACUGUGAAGAUGAAUGUAGAAGCAGAGAACAUGGCGAGAUACCACUGCCUUUCUGUGCACUUUGACUGUUCUCUUAAGCCAUAUGGACAUUGCUUUAAUUAAUGAACUGAAAAGAAUUUAUUUGCAAUUUAUUAUUUUGGGUUGUUUUUUCUUUCUUAAGGAAAAUGACAUAUGUGAGCUUUUAUUGGGGUUUUUUGGGGUUUUGGGGGGUUUUUUUGUUUCGUUUUUUGGCCUCGUUAUUUCCUGCGUGAGAUUAUGCCUUUUUAGCUAUUUUCUUUCCUACAGAAUUGUUUAUACAGUGUAGCUGCCCUGGCAGUUGAAUCCACUGUUGGAAUUUUAAUGCAGCGGCUUUGAGGAUAAAGUUACUGGAAGCAUGUCUCAAGGCCCUUCUGGGUAGAUCUGUAGCUUGAAAGGGCUCUGAUUCAAACACGGGGAAAGCUUCCUCCGAAAGCCAUGCCCGAGGAACGCAGGUGCGCCCGUCGCUGAAGCCACCGUCACUCUGAACGCGAGCCCCGAGAGAGCCCUUCGGGGGGUGCUGCUGGCCCCGUGCAUCCCAACUUCCAUGCCUAAGGAUGCAAGAUAAGGGGAAUGGACUGCACGGCCACCAAAAAAAAAGCACAAGCAGGAGUACAGGUGAAAGGAAGGGGAUGCGCGGGGAAGGGAAUUCUUCUCUCUUCUUGGGGAUUUCUGCCGCAGGAAUUGCCAGGAAUUUUAGCGAGUUGGCUGAGGUCCCGAACGGGCUGUCUGACAGCUCUCGUCUUCUCUUUGCCUCCCAAAUAAAAGUGUCAAAUGUGAUUCUUUUAGGUACUUUCUGUUCCGUUCUACGCUCCCCGGUCACCUAGCCGUCACGUUGCUUUUUGUUCUGUUUUGCAUGCACAUGUAUUUAGUUGACUGUAUCCACUGAGUGGAAGCACAUAGCUUCGGCUGUCUAAUCCCUAAUGAAAUGGAAAAGCUGUGCAUCACCCCCCCCCCGGCCCAAACCAUGUGUGAGAUUUAAAUACACGUUGAAGCUCUGUGUUGCAUUGGUUGCCGUUAGCAUGCUGUAUUUAUAAAAUAUAAUUAAGAGUCGGGUUUUCUUUACUCGAGAAUAAGGUAAAUUGUUAUAAUCUGGCAAGAAGCACCCAGUCAGUUAACAAGAGAGCCCUGUUUCAGAGCUGUAAUCUUUGGGAAUCAUAACUUCGAGAUAUGACUUUUAAAGUGUUAGCUGUCAUGUUUCACUCCCUCUACCCAUCACACCCACCUUGUUCCCAUCUUGCUGUUUAGAAGAGCUGAACAGUCUUGAAAAUCAAAGCUUCCAUUUAAAAACAUCUGCCUAGGACUUUUUUUUCUUCUUUUUCUUUUCUCCCUAGUGGAUCUAUUUGAGAAACAAAAACAGGAUCAUUACCGAGUCCAUAGACGAGCACAAAGGGAUAUUUCAUAGAGGAGCUUAAUAGAAGCACGUUCCCCUUUGAUGUCCUUCAAAUAUAUCCAGGCUCACACAGUGAGACAGUACAGAAACCUAUCCACCCACCUCAAGACUCAGACGCACCAUGAAGCACUCAGUUAACGUUGUCACCAAAACCCACCGACAUCCUCAGACCUAAAUCUCAAGUUAGCCGUUUCAUUAAUUAGCUUUGUUGCAGAAAGGCACAAAUGAAUAAAUCCCCUUGAAGCCUUGUUUUGGGAUAAUUUUGUAUACUUCUAAAUGUAUAUUUUCUUAACCUCGGAUUCUGUUUCAUAAGCAGUGCUGGCCCCUGCCAAGCCCCAGACGUCAUCCCACUGUCUUGAAAUCCUACAUGGUUUCUGUCGAUUAUCCGUCCUGUGGCUGUCGAUUAUCCAUGCUGUGCUGCAGAAUUAAGGGAGAGACGGAAGAGGGCACUGUUUCACUUUAAUCAAUGCCAGCCUCUUGCUUUUUUUCCUUCCUGGCCAGCAGCUGCCAGGUGGAAACACCUUGCCGAACAGCCUGUGGGGAGGGACCGGAGGGUAUAUGUGAUUGGGACCAGGUGAAAAGUUUCAUCAACAUUUGCUAAAUCCAGGUUGCAAUCCUGCUUCUGGGAGCAGUUGCCGCCACCUAGGACAAGAAGGAAUAUUUUUAAAAAGGCACCUGGGUCUUUGCCCAAGGAGAACUGUGUUUGGCCCUUCCCUGAGUGUUCAGAUACAAGCCUGUAACAUUUUCCAGGUUGGCUGAGCUCUAAUUUGCUUCCAGAGUCCCAGGUGAUCAUCAAAAGCUGCAGCAGUGUCGGGUCAGAGAGAGAAAAUCUGCCUUUGGUUCCUUACGCGAAGAUGUAAUUUAUUAUUCUCAUCAUUGUAACCCAGUGGAUUUCUUGAGGGAAGCGCAAGGCGCUCCAAUACGUUCUUUGGGGUGGAAGCAGGGGUAGCGUUUUAUACGUCCACUUCAGCCAUUUGCUCUUUAGAAAUCUUAGUCUGGAACGUGCACUCUGAUUUCAGAAAAGGAAUGUAUCAUGAUAUGAAAAGAACCCCAAACCUUUGAAAGGCCCACUAGAAAUCAGCUAAGUCCCAAAAACCAGAGAGAGAACAUGAUUGCAAACCCUGCUUGCUUUCUGAGCUCUCCACCGUAGAUAGCAAACAACGCAUUAUGUGCAUUACCGGCUAAUCUUGGGUGGAGAAAGGCCAUUAAGGAAUUCCAGCUUCUGGAAGGGCACUUCGUGUUGUGACUGGAAUUGCCUUCGGACCUCAGUUUAUGCCAGCUUCAUGCUAAACGCGUUGCGUGUUCCCAGACGGGUCUUUUUGCAUCAGAGACAUCAUUGGUUGGAUCAAAGACAUAGUAAUGUAACUAGAGAUCACUUGAGGAGCAGUCGUGCUGCUGCUCUGUCGACCCCACACCCCAUAUGGGGUUUCCCUCUACUGGUAGCAGAAAGUCAGCACCAGUAAACACACGAUGGGACAGACGGGGAGGAAUCAAUUGAUUUGGAUGGGAAGAGCUUCCAUGGACACAUCUGGGUAAGGAGUGAUUCACACCUUCUCCAAAGUGCCACGGGCACAUUUUAGUAAUUCCUUGAGGUUAGCCACAAUUGCCGGGAGACUCGUGGUUUUCGGUUCAGAUCUAUUGGGUUGUUGACUAGCCUCUUGGGUUUCACCGCAGUCGGGAGACAUCAAAGCAACCUCCGCGUGUGCCUGCUUCUCUUAGUACCGGUCUGGAACGGAGACUGUCUAGUCAUGGUGGCUUGCGAAUGGGGGGAAUGGAAAGUUUGCACUAGUAGUAUCAUAACCGUAUGUGUUAACUCGUUGAAUAGUGGGCAGUGCCGUGAUCCAUAUGUGGUUCUCAGGUGCCAGAAAGGUGCAGGAAAACCGUACAUCAAGUUUGUACCCAAGCACUUGCUCCUUUUCAGAUGGAGAUCUAGUCAUUUGAUGUGUCUGCUGUCAGUCUAGGAGGUAGAACCAAUGUUGCACACCUAGUUUUGAGAAUUACUCGUCAGUGUACCACAGUAAUUGGGUCAUUGCUUUUUCUCUGGGGUUUUCUAGAGGGUUUGUUCUGGGGUCUUGUUUUGAUGGGCUGGGGUUGGGGGGUUUUUUGGUUUUUAUUCUUUGUUCCACACCUGUUGUUAGCCUCACCCUCACCACUCUACUAUUUUGUAUGAAAAAGUUACUUCUUCUUUUGCAAACUUGCCUCUGAUUAAAAGAAUCCUUUUUGAA